AUGGAUGAUGAAAUAGAGGAGUUGGAGAGUGUUCUCUCGCAACAUUUUGGAAAAACACCCGUUUCGACACUAUAUGCUUCACAAGAACUCUGUGAUUCGCCAAACGGAAAUGAUGAGGUCGAUACAGACGAUGGUCCUCAUGACAUCAAUGUUAUAGUGCAAGGGCGCGUUCGCGAUAACCUUUUUCAGCAAGAAAGCGUUGUUGAAGAAGAUGAAGAGAGUGAUGAUGUUGAUGAUACGGAGGAUUUUGCACCUUCUAACGAUGCAGAAUUUUCGAAAAUACAGAAAUUCUGCUCUGAAGGGUGUGGUUGCAACCGUGAAUGCGCUAAAGCACUUAGUGCUGAAAAGGUGUUUGUACACAUUCUGACCGUCAGAGAAAUGGAGAAAAAUGCUAAAGCCCUUUACCUGAUGGGCAUAUUGCAGGACGACAGAAGUUCUGAUGUCACCAAAAGAGGAAUGAAAAGGCUGCGUUAUAGAUACACGUUUAAGUUCAGUGGCAAACUAGUGUGUCGAAGAACAUUUCAUGUGUGCUAUGAUAUCGGAAGAAGUGCACUGAAAGGUAUAAUGUCGCACAUGUUAGAGCAUGGGGUUGUGCCAAAAAACCAUGGAAACAAGGGCAGACGUCCUAAGCACGCGCUAUGCUUCGACGACGUUCAACGUGUUGUGGCGUACCUUCUGAAUUGUGCAGAGCGAGAGGGAAUUCCUUUGCCAGCCGCACCACGAGGACGGGAUAAUAUUCCACAAAUAUACCUGCCGGCGAGCACAACAAAACUCGACCUGUUCAAGGAUUAUCAGCAGAAUUGUGCGUCGAACAUAAGGAUUGUCAAACUCACUGCUUUCAAAUCCAUUUGGUCAAGCUGCGUGCCAAAUAUACGUAUCGCCUCUCCACGGGAUGAUGUCUGUGCCAUCUGCGAAAAUUUACGGAAACGCGUGGUGGACGCUAUAGAAGAGGAUGAACAAUUGGAGGCGACAGACGCAUACGGUGACCAUAUCAGACAGGGUAAAAGGACCCCUGAAUCGAAUGCUGAACGUUUCCACCAUUUCACGUUUGACUUCAGCCAGAGUGUGAGUCUUCCACAUCAUUGCAACCAAAUGGGCCCGCUGUAUUUUCUAUCCCUUAGAGAAGUACACAUCUUUGGAUUUCGACUAGACGGUGAGCCACGGCAGCUGAACUUCAUCAUUGACGAAAAUGAGACGAUUGGGCAAGAUGGCGGCGACGCUCAAGGCCCGAAUGCCGUGAUCUCCAUGAUCGAUUGGGCGAUCGAGAACCAUGCUCAAAAUCCUUUAACUUUUGCCAUUCAUGCUGACAAUUGCCCAGGCCAAAACAAAAAUCACUUCUUGCUCGGCUACUUCAUGUGGCGAGUAAUGACUGGACAACAACAAACAAUCGAAUACAUGAUGCAGAUCCCAGGACCGUUUGUGUCCUGA